AAAACUUAACAUAAGUUUUUCUCGUAUCUCAGGUCCUCCUUUGCCAGAGCAGUGUGUCGCCAGUGGCGAUGGUCUCUCGGGUGGCGAAGCUGGAACGAAUCUAGAGUUCAACAUCUCAGCAUACGAUCGGUUUCGCAAUCCUUGUGCUCCCGGCGCCAUCUCUUUCAGCGUCCAGUUCGAUCCACCGUUCGCAAGCAUGGCCGCAACUUGGGUUGGAGGCCAGGACUUCUCGGUGAAUUAUACCAUCUGGAAGGCUCAAAACUACAGCAUGACUGUCAUAGCGGUGGGUUCCGACGCUCAAGUGCCACUCCCAGGCAGUCCUUUCCCUGUCACCAUUUAUCCAGGGCCGCCGGACACGACCGUUGCUUAUGUCACCGGCGAAGGGGUGUCAAUUCUAGCAUCGGUGCUUAAAUGGAACGAAGUCGUGGUGAUCAUGGUGGACGUCUUCGAGAAUCCAGUGACGGUGGACAGCUCCGGCUUUAAACUCAGUGUCACGGGACCUGGAGCUUCCACUUAUCGGAGCUUCGUCCUUCUUUCGCCAGGGAAGUAUCUUGCCUCGUACAAGGUCCCUUCGCAAGGAUUUUACGCGGUCACGGUCUCGUACGAGGAUCUCCUUCUUCCCGAGUGUCCGCUCAACGUAUCUGUUGGAUCUGUUAAAGAGACAGCCAAAGAUUUCAGAGCCACGAUUUCACCUAACACCAGUCUACCUGCUGGAGAGGACGUGACCGUCACCAUCUUUGCGAAUUACACGACCAACAAGCCAAUGAAAUUCAUAGUCGAGUUGGCGUCGGAAGAGCUUACGGUGGGACUGAUACCCGACGAAAGCAAUGGGAAGUAUUCUGCGACUAUCAACGCUACGCUCUCGGGCUCGUACAUUGCUGACAUUACCCUCUAUGGUUCGCAAAUCAAAGGGACUUACACUCUGCAAGUCAAACCAGGUGCUGUUCACGUUCCUCUCUGCGCUGUUAUAGAGAUGGCCGCAGAGAGCAUAGCUACAACCGGGGUUCCAAAGCAAGUGAGAGUCCAAACCAGGGAUAAAUUCGGCAACAAUGCUUAUAGCGACGUUGACGAGAAUGGAAACACUGUGACCUUCGUCAUGAUCCUCUCGGGCCCAACCAUGGAGGAGUUUUCGAUGGACUACGUAUCAGAAGGGAUGUUCGUCGGUAACUUUGUGGCUCGCGAGCCCGGCAUUUAUGACCUCUCCAUCAUGGCUGGCCUUGUGGAUAUCAGCGGCAGCCCGUUCAUGGUAACUGUGUCUUAGAGAAGAGGCUUGGAAAUUU